AUUUAUGACGCACAGGUCUCUUCAGCCAAUGGCAAUUAGGAUUCGAUGAACCCGGGUCUGACAACAUAUUGCUGCGCCGAGCGCUCCUGCGACGACAUUUGAAAAUGCUAUUCUACUCCUUCUUCAAGUCGUUGGUGGGCAAGGACGUGGUAGUGGAGCUGAAGAAUGACCUGAGCAUAUGUGGCACUCUUCACUCGGUGGACCAGUACCUGAACAUCAAGCUCACAGACAUCAGUGUAACUGACCCAGAGAAAUAUCCACACAUGUUGUCAGUGAAGAACUGCUUCAUCCGCGGGUCAGUGGUGAGGUACGUCCAGCUGCCAGCAGACGAGGUGGACACUCAGCUGCUUCAGGAUGCAGCCCGCAAGGAAGCCUUGCAGCAGAAGCAGUGAUGGAGUGGUGAAUGGGUGUGUGUGUUUGUGUGUUUGUGUGUGUGUGUGUGUGUGUGUGUGUGUGUGUGUGUGUGUGUGUGUGUGAGAGUGAGUGAGUCGUUUGUGGGUAUUUGUGUGGUUUUCCCCUUUGUUUUUUGGUUUUUCAUUUAUACUCUUUAUGUAAGCCUACUUUAUUAUAAUAAUUCUGACGUGAUUAUUGGAAACAUUGUCUUAAAAGGCAUUUAUUUCAUGAGGGAGUACAAUAAAUGUAUACAAAUUCAGUUAGAAAAAAAAACAUUCAUUGCAUUCUGGUGAAAUUAUGUUGUUUUGUGCCCUCUGAACAUUUUGUAAGCAAACACUGUACAAAAGUGUGGGUUUUCACAGACAUUUCUUCAUUUUUUCAAAGCCCAUUCAGCUCCAAACUGUUUGUGUGGGUCUUUACGUUUUGGGUGACUUUUGUUCAUGUGAUUAUAGCGUCAAUAAUUUUGUAAUAAAGUGAAGAUAGACCCA